AUGGAAGAAUCAAACGGGCUAGGCUCAGAGCUCGAGUCCUUUAGGCGGCAAUGGCUGUCCGAAGUGCGCACCAAAAAGGGCGAGCAAAGCGCUCAACCCCCGCCACGCAACUCCGUCCCUUCAGCCUCGACUGCACCGGCAAUAUCCCCGGCAUCCCCUCCCCCAAGGAAGUCCGUGGCGCGUCGACCCUCUCCCGCAAAGAGUAGAAAGGCGCCUCUGGCAGUUGAAGAGGAAGACGAGUACCUCCAUGGCCGAUCCUUUGACGAUGGCCCCGAACCCUCGGGCAACACCAUUGACGGGUCAGUUCGGAUGCCGCCUCAGAAGGAGCUCGUUUCGGCGCUGGAUCAUUACGAGGAGGCCAUGGAAAAGGAAGCCCUAGGCAACAUGGGCGAUAGUCUGAAACUGUACCGGAAAGCUUACAGAAUGGACCACGGCGUGCAUCGCCGAUACCGCGAGAAGCACUUCCCCCAGCAUAAACAGCAACCUCAAAGCGCACCAGCGCAAAUCACGGCACCAACAGACGCCACGCCCGCAGGAGGAGACGCACCCGUCUUACUCCCCAUCAAGGACCGCAUCGCCAGCUUUGCCGGCCUCCAAAUCGAAGCAGCACCCGCCGACACAGACGGCACACCACCCGCGCCCUGCCCCCUCUCCUCCCUCCCCAGCGAGCUCCUCGUCCACUUCAUGCAGGACGUGGCGGCCCUCGACGUGGGCGACUUUGCGCGCCUGUCGCUCGUCUGCAAACCCCUCGCGUACCUGGUCGCCACCGAGCAGCGCAUCUGGCGACAAGUCUGCCUCGGCGAGCGGUUCGGCUUCGCAGGGAUGCACCGCCGCUGGAACAAGACGGUGGAAUGGGAAGCCCUAGAGGAGGACGACGGCGACGGCGACGGCGACGGGCUCGUCGGCACGACCGAGGAGGCAGCCGUCACCGCGUCCCUCGUGCCCGAUCCCUACGCCUCCUGGGGGGCCAUGUUUCGCAGGCGGCCCCGGGUCCGCUUCAACGGGUGCUACAUCAGCACCGUCAACUACGUCCGUUCGGGGCAGGCGUCCACCAACCAGGCCACCUGGGGCGGCGCGCCGAUUCACAUCGUCACGUACUACCGGUACCUGCGCUUCUUCCGCGACGGCACCUCCAUCAGCCUGCUGACGACGCUGGAGCCCACCCACGUCGUGCACCACCUGACCAGGGACCUGCUGCACCUGCACCGGGACAACGCCCACGCGUACCUGCCGUCGGCGGCCAUGCAGCGCGCCUACAAGGGACGGUGGAGGCUGUCUCUCGGCGCGGAGGACGACGACGCCUCGCAGGCCGGCCCCCCCCGCGGGGAGGAUGAGCUGCUGCAGGAGGGCGAUGUGACGGUUGAGACGGAGGGCGUUGACCCCAAGUACAUGUUCAGGAUGGACCUGUCGCUUCGCACGGCGGGCAAGGCCGCGCGGAACAAUAAGCUUGUGUGGAGGAGCUUCUUUAGCUAUAAUAGACUGACGGACGAUUGGGCCGAGUUUACCCUCAAGCAUGACAAAGCAUUCUUCUUUAGCCGAGUACGCAGUUACGGCGUGGGCGAGUGA